AUGAAAUCAUCCACCAGAUAUCAAACCAGAAGUAUCAGAGAUCACAGCAACAAGAGAGAAGAAAGAGGGAUUAAGAUACCACAAGAUAACUCAUGGAAUCUCUUAAGUAAGACUUCAAUACCCUCAGGGGCUAAUGACAAAGCCUGGGGAUCAGACUUCAUCAUCACCUCCGAUACUUCUGAGGUUUCGAAUGAAUGUAUGAUUCAAAAUCAUCACUUAAAUUCUGAAACUGUCGAUACCUUCCUGAGCUAUCUCGACGCCAAUUUUUGUCCAGAAUUUAACCUGAGUGAAGAGCCUCCACUUCUCAUUGAGGGAACUUCUUCUGCUGAUAGCGAGCAAAGUCAGAUAAAAAGGGAAAUUUCUGUUAACCACAAAACAUUGCAAACAAACAAAGCUCCAGGCAAACCUGGGUCUCACUCUCAAAGGAAGGAUAUCCUCCAAAAGAACUUGUUCAGGUCUGUCAGGAGGUACCUGUGGGAGGAAUUCUCUAAGCUGAAUGAUGUAAAGAAGCUCAAAAACAAAUAUUCCCCUAAAAAUUCUCAACUUGUAAAAGAUUUUUAUCACAGUUUUUUAAAGCGUAACUGUCAAAUUGGACAAUCUCUAACUCCUGAUGAGGAUGAGAAGGUUUGAUUCUGUUUCAGCACAGUGAUGACGAACAAAUUCCCAUAUGCCCAGAUCUAUAGUAGAUGACCCGCUACCAAGGCCUCGGUGGAGGUGAACCCUGAUCAGAGGAAGUUAUUCAUACUUCUAAAAGCUUUCUUCAAAAGCUUUACAGCAAAAAAUUAUCAAAAGUUCCUUCUGACAAGAGAAGCUCGGGUAUUCAUUCAGAUGCUGGAAGAAAGCGGGCUGAUUGAGAAAGUGAUAACUUCCUCUCCUAUCUUGGCUAGUAAUGAAGCUAAAUAUAGAGAGCUAUUUGGGGAUAUACUCCGCAAGAUCAAGCAGUAAGAAGGAAGGCUGCUUCAUUAUCUCUUGCUUUUAGAAUUGGCAUCAAAGUUUCGUAAUUGGCACUAAUUUUUGAACUAAUAUUAUUUUCA